AUGGACCUGAUCUGGACUCUGCUUUGGUCUCUGGUCUGGUCUGUGCUUCGUCCAUGCGAGUCCCGACCUGAGACCAGCUCCGCCCCCUCAUCUGGGCAGAUGAACGGCAUAGCGCCCCCGCCCGGCCUGCUGCAGUAUCAUCGACUGCCAGGACUCUGCCGCCGCCUAAAGAGACGAAGGGUCACCAUCAUGUGUACACUGGAAAAGUUCUGCUGGCCUCCUGUGGAUCGGGACAACUCUGGGUCCAGGAAGGGGUCAAGGCCGGGGUCCAGGCCGGGGUCCAGGCCUGGGUCCAGGUCUAAGUCUGGGCAGGUAUGUCGCUGCCCCGGAGCCCUCCGCUGCUCUCACUUCUUCAUCCACAGUUUAUGA